ACUGCCUGAAAGCCGACCAUCCUGCACAACGAGCAGACAUUUCUCUGCGUUCCAGGGGAAGCCUCAAAUAUACAUAUGUGUCUGUGACUCUUUCUUCGUCCCUACUCAUUCCCAUGAAUUUCCUCACCGAUUACGAGUAACUAAGGAUUCCACUUUCCGAUUUGCCUGGAGACACACCUCCCUAAGCCCUCCCCCAACCCGAUUCGAAGAGUAUAUACCGUAGGCUGCCUGAGGGAGUGGAUUUUGCAGCGCCUAGCGGGAGCGAAGAAAACCCACCAAUUCUUCAGCUCAUUAUCAUCUCUCCCAGACUCUAUUUCCUUCUUAUCGCCAGCAUCACCAAGCAAGUUUGAGCCUUCUGAAGUCCAGGCGGAAGAGACAAAGCCUUGGGCUCGCCCUCAGCCUUAGGAAGCCGCCGCCUAGCUCGGAGCUGCUGCAGCCUCGCUGCGCGGCUGCUUCUCACCCAGUGCGAAUGCUGUAGAUCAACAGGUUCGGGCAACUUGAGCGGAAUAAGGAGAGACUGACUGGUGCCUCAGCCCGGGUGCGGAGGGAAGGAAGGACUAGACUUGUGGCUCGCUCCGAGCUCCGACGCUCCGCCCCGGUUCCAGACUGGCGCGCACCCACCAGCUCGCACCUCCAGUCCGGCUGCUCCUGUUCCCACCCCACCGGUCUGGGAUGUACCUUUCCAUCUGUUGCUGCUUUCUCCUGUGGGCCCCUGCCCUGACACUCAAAAACCUCAACUACUCAGUGCCAGAAGAGCAAGGGGCCGGCACAGUGAUAGGCAACAUAGGCAAGGAUGCCCGACUGCAACCCGGGCUUCCGCCGGCUGAGCGCGGUAACGGCGGCGGCGGGCGAGGUAAGUCCGGCAGCUACCGGGUGCUGGAGAACUCCGCACCUCACCUGCUGGACGUGGACGCCGACAGCGGGCUCCUCUACACCAAGCAGCGCAUCGACCGUGAGUCCUUGUGCCGCCACAAUGCCAAGUGCCAACUGUCCCUAGAGGUGUUCGCUAAUGACAAGGAGAUCUGCAUGAUCAAGGUAGAGAUACAGGACAUCAACGACAAUGCUCCCUCUUUCCCCUCGGACCAGAUCGAAAUGGACAUCUCAGAGAACGCGGCACCCGGCACCCGCUUCCCCCUUACUAGCGCACACGACCCAGAUGCUGGCGAGAACGGUCUCCGCACCUAUCUACUCACCCGCGAUGAUCAUGGCCUCUUUGCACUGGACGUCAAGUCCCGCGGCGACGGCACCAAGUUCCCUGAGCUGGUCAUCCAAAAAGCUUUGGACCGUGAGCUGCAGAACCACCACACUCUGGUGCUGACUGCCCUGGAUGGCGGAGAGCCUCCGCGCUCCGCCACCGUGCAGAUCAAUGUGAAGGUGAUCGAUUCUAAUGACAAUAGUCCAGUCUUCGAGGCUCCGUCAUACUUGGUGGAACUGCCCGAGAACGCACCCCUGGGCACCGUGGUCAUUGAUCUGAAUGCCACCGACGCUGAUGAAGGUCCCAACGGAGAAGUGCUGUACUCCUUCAGCAGCUAUGUGCCCGACCGCGUGCGGGAGCUCUUCUCCAUUGAUCCCAAAACCGGCCUUAUCCGCGUUAAGGGCAACUUGGACUAUGAGGAGAAUGGCAUGUUGGAGAUCGACGUGCAGGCCAGAGACCUAGGACCUAACCCAAUUCCAGCCCACUGCAAGGUCACAGUCAAGCUUAUCGACCGCAAUGACAACGCGCCGUCCAUUGGUUUCGUCUCCGUGCGGCAGGGGGCGCUGAGUGAGGCCGCCCCGCCUGGCACAGUCAUAGCCCUGGUUAGGGUCACUGACCGAGACUCAGGCAAGAAUGGGCAGUUGCAGUGUAGGGUACUAGGUGGAGGAGGGACUGGCGGUGGAGGAAGCCUGGGGGGUCCCGGUUCGGUCCCCUUCAAGCUUGAAGAGAACUACGACAACUUCUACACCGUCGUUACUGACCGUCAGCUGGACCGCGAGACACAGGACGAGUAUAACGUGACUAUCGUGGCCCGGGACGGGGGAUCCCCUCCACUCAACUCCACCAAGUCUUUCGCUGUCAAGAUUCUAGAUGAGAAUGACAACCCGCCUCGUUUCACCAAAGGGUUGUACGUCCUCCAAGUCCAUGAGAACAACAUUCCAGGAGAAUACCUCGGUUCAGUGCUCGCCCAAGAUCCCGACCUGGGCCAAAAUGGGACAGUGUCCUACUCCAUUCUGCCCUCGCACAUUGGCGACGUGUCAAUCUACACCUAUGUGUCAGUGAACCCCACUAAUGGGGCCAUAUAUGCCCUGCGCUCCUUUAACUAUGAACAAACGAAGGCUUUUGAAUUCAAGGUACUGGCUAAGGACUCUGGGGCGCCAGCACACUUGGAGAGCAACGCCACGGUGAGGGUGACAGUGUUAGACGUGAAUGACAACGCUCCAGUGAUUGUGCUACCCACUCUACAGAACGACACAGCUGAGCUGCAGGUCCCACGAAAUGCUGGCCUGGGCUACCUGGUAAGCACCGUGCGCGCCCUGGACAGUGACUUUGGAGAGAGCGGGCGUCUCACAUAUGAGAUUGUGGAUGGCAACGACGACCACCUGUUUGAGAUUGAUCCAUCCAGCGGCGAGAUCCGCACGCUGCACCCCUUCUGGGAGGAUGUGACCCCCGUGGUGGAGCUUGUAGUGAAGGUGACCGAUCAUGGCAAGCCCACCCUGUCCGCGGUGGCCAAACUCAUCAUUCGGUCAGUGAGCGGCUCUCUGCCUGAAGGGGUACCGCGAGUGAAUGGGGAGCAGCACCACUGGGACAUGUCGCUGCCUCUCAUAGUGACUCUAAGCACGAUUUCUAUCAUCCUCCUAGCGGCCAUGAUCACCAUAGCUGUCAAGUGCAAACGGGAAAACAAGGAGAUUCGCACUUACAACUGCCGCAUCGCCGAGUACAGCCACCCACAGCUAGGCGGGGGGAAGGGCAAGAAGAAGAAAAUCAACAAAAACGAUAUCAUGCUGGUGCAGAGCGAGGUGGAGGAGAGGAACGCCAUGAACGUCAUGAACGUGGUGAGCAGUCCCUCCCUGGCCACCUCCCCCAUGUACUUCGACUACCAAACCCGCCUGCCCCUCAGCUCGCCCCGGUCAGAGGUGAUGUAUCUUAAGCCAGCCUCCAACAACCUGACUGUCCCGCAGGGGCACGCAGGCUGCCACACCAGCUUCACCGGACAAGGGACUAAUUCGAGCGAGACCCCUGCCACUCGGAUGUCCAUAAUUCAGACAGACAAUUUUCCCGCAGAGCCCAAUUACAUGGGCAGCAGGCAGCAGUUUGUUCAAAGUAGCUCCACGUUUAAGGACCCAGAAAGAGCCAGCCUGAGAGACAGUGGGCACGGGGACAGUGAUCAGGCUGACAGUGACCAAGACACUAACAAAGGCUCCUGCUGUGACAUGUCUGUUAGGGAGGCACUCAAGAUGAAAACUACUUCAACUAAAAGUCAACCACUUGAGCAAGAACCGGAAGAGUGCAUUAACUGCACAGAUGAAUGCCGAGUGCUUGGUCAUUCUGAUAGGUGUUGGAUGCCACAGUUCCCUGCAGCCAAUCAGGCUGAAAACGCAGAUUACCGCACAAAUCUCUUUGUACCCACAGUUGAAGCUAAUGUUGAGACUGAGACUUAUGAAACUGUGAACCCCACUGGAAAAAAGACUUUUUGUACAUUUGGAAAAGACAAGCGAGAGCACACUAUUCUCAUUGCCAAUGUGAAACCUUAUUUAAAAGCCAAACGUGCCCUGAGCCCUCUCCUCCAAGAGGUCCCUUCAGCAUCUAACAGCCCGACCAAGGCAUGUAUUGAGCCUUGCGCCUCCACAAAAGGCUCCCUGGAUGGCUGCGAAGCAAAACCGGGGGCUCUAGCCGAAGCAAGCAGUUCCUACCUGCCUACUGACAGUCAGUAUCUGUCGCCCAGUAAGCAACCAAGAGACUCUUCCUUCAUGGCUUCUGAUCAGAUGGCGAGAGUCUUUGCUGAUGUGCAUUCCAGAGCCCGCAGGGAUUCCAGCGAGAUGGGAGCCGUGCUGGAACAGCUUGAUCACUCCAACAGAGAUCUGGGCAGAGAGUCUGUGGAUGCAGAAGAAGUUGUGAGAGAGAUUGACAAGCUCUUGCAGGACUGCCGGGGAAAUGACCCUGUCACUGUGAGAAAGUGAGGGGGGGAAGGGCCUUGGCGAUUCUUGUCUCUUCUGUUGAUUUAAACAUGAUUACCCCCCCCCCCCACCAAGUGACAACCCAUUUUACGGGGGUGGACCAGAAACAGUGCUGCUUUAAGGCUUUUAGUGAACAUCUGAAGUGCCCACAAGUAUGUUCUUUUCACUGCUGUUUCUUUUACAGAAAUAACAAUGGUUUUGACCAAACAUAUAUUAGGACAGAAUUAAUGACGCUUAAGGAGAAACGAGAAAAGAGAGAGUGAAGAAAACGGAGGAGAGAGAGAAGACAAACGAGGAUGAGGAGACAAGUUACCUUUUGACAAUCUGUUAGGAAGGUAUUCAGCGUGAGACUUAAAGUAUUUCUGAUUGCUCUAAGACUGUCCUCCGAGAUCGAUGCUGACUUAACUGUUUACCUAUAAACCCCAUACAAAGCAGGGUCUUAUUUGUUAUCUGUGGGGGGUUUCUAGCUGACAUCAUAGGCUUCUACUGAAAGUCCUGAAAAGACCUUGCAGUAGUCCAAGCUACACCAAACAUUAACACAUAUUUGUGGUAAACAUUUCUGUAUAAAGUACCUGCCAAGCAUAGAAACACAAAGACCAUUUCAUAUCCUUAGUCAGAAAGCAAAAGUAUAUAUAUAAUAAUAAUAACAAAACAGAAAAAAAUACAACAACGAAAAAAACCUUGGUCAUUUGUAAGACACCUCAUGUCGUAUAAAAGUUCAAUGUAAAAAGAUAUAGUCCGUGUUGUCCUGAACACAUGCAGACCUAUUCACUUCAUUAAAGAAGGAAAUUUGAAGACUUAAAAAUGUCUACUUAGCAUUUUAGUGUCCAACAAAGACAUAAAUGGUGGUGAUUUUGUUUCAGAGUUGAACAAAUCAGAAUCAUGGGCUAUUAUUGAGUGGUAAUAUUGAGAGAAAAUUAAGAUGACUUAAAUGUUUAAUUCAUUUUUGGACACUAAAAUAGCUCAGGAAAGUGAAAAAAUUAGACAUAACAGAUCACAUGACCAUUUAAAUGUGCAGAUGUAAGAAGAUUCAAUGUGUUUACAUCAAAUGACAUAUUUUUAUUGAUUUAUUGCAGAUUCCGUGCAUAUGAGCCAAAUUGUUGAGUGUAUAAGAGCUAUAUUGUGUAUUUUAUUAAAUUAAUAUAUAGUUGUGUUGCAAAAAUAUUUGGGCUUAUAUUGUAAAUGGCAAGUGUUGCCUCGGUAGCUGUCGAACUCUAUGAGUUUUGUUUUUUCCUGCUUCCUUUUUUUCCCCAUGGAGCGUGGGAAGCAGUGCCUCAGAGCAAAGUCUCUUGUUUAAUGUAUAGUCUACCAAGUACUACAGUACAUAAUUCUGUUCAAAAUGUGUUUGAGUGAGCUGAUGGCGCUAACUGAAAGGUCCAAAAAAAAAAAAAAUACAUGUCAGUCAUAGUUCUGUGCAAGUCCUUGUAGAAGCUUUGAUUAAAGUCAUGAUAAAUCACAAGAACAAGAACUACAUUUUGUACCAAUACCUGAAAAUUCUUUACGAUGUUUUCAAUAACAUAAAGCUUCUGCCUAUGUAGAUAUCAUAGAAUUGUUUGGUUCUCAAAAGUAUCUUCAGUGGUUCAGGUGUAUGUGUACAUCAUAUUACUAAACAUGACAAAUGUUUUAAUGCAUGUGUAGUACCAGUACUGGUUACAUGCAUUGUGUACUGUGUUUUAAGUGGUCUUGGUCUUAACAAAAUUUGUUUUUCUUUAUCUCCGUGUUAUUCUGCCUCCUUUUGUUGGUGUCCUUUGAGAACAAUACCCUUUAUUCCAUCACUUGGUUGCACCUUUUCUUAUGACAUUUAGCAAGUUUCCAACUUACUUCUUAAGCUAAGACAACUCUAAUUUCAGGAAUUGGGAAAAAUAAAAUUAGCACUCACAGAAGUAGUAGCAGAUGGAGAAAUGCCUUGAUUGACAUUUUCCUUCAGCAUUUAAAUUUUGUUUUUGGCAUUUAACAGCUUCAUGGCAAACAGUUUGAGCCCAUACCUUGGAAAACGUGGUGCUGAGUUAAAUAAAGGCUGUUUGUGCACUGGAGCAGAAAAAAAAAAGUGAUUAUUUACAAACUGGGAGAGAAUUUUGUGCCUUCUUUUCUGGCCACCAAGCCAGUGUAGAAACAGCAUAAAUGUCAUAGAAUCCUUAAACUAAAAACAAAAGAAAAAGUAAAACAAACAUUGAACUAAAUUAAGUUUUGGAAUUAAAAAAUAUCUGCUGGAACUCUUACCAUCAUUUCACGGAAGUUGUAGAUAGUACCUCACUCGCAAAAAUUGCUUUGGGGGUAAAAAUGGGUGACUCCCAACAGCCUUAUUCUCUCGAGAACCACACUUGGUUCUUGGUAACAGCCUUUCCACAGCUCUUCUCUUGCUUUCUCUUAUCCAUACAUGUUUAAAUUAGAAGAGAACGGAUCUUGUACAUGUAAAACACAAUUGACACUAUAUUUUGGCCAAUUUAUGUAUCUAUAGUGUGUUGUCUCUGUUCUGUGAUAUUACUUUUCUUUCAGGAGACUACAAAAUGACUUAGCUUGAUAGAUAGUUGAAAACCAUGAUGGAAAACGCUUCCCUUUUAGUCUCUCCAAGCUUUGCCUCUCUCGCGCUAUUCAGAUAACCACUUAGUAAAGUCUAAGCAGUGUGCAAAUGAAUUCAACACAAAGAAUAGGUUUAUUUUUUAAAACUUCUUAAUUCUAAGUAACCAGUUGUUCAAUGUGUAGUGUCUGAUGACACUGAAACACCCUGCGAGUCUCAGAAUUGGUUGUGCCAGUAUGUGAGGGAUUGGCGAGAAGCGGCCACCAGUGAUUUAGUAGUGUUAGCUGUUUAAUACAUUCUCUGUAUUUAGUAGUGAUUAUUUAUUUACAAGUUGGUGGUAGUUCGAGUCAGGACUCUGAACUGUUGUAGUUGAGGGAAUCUUGCUUUUAUUCAUCUCCCUGAGACCUGCCUUCAUCACAGAACUCUGGUGCUUGGCUUCCAAGGAAGCCUUUGCGAUGCCAAAAUCAUGCAUUUGGGGAACAAUGUCUCUAAUGGGUGGUACAGAAUCAGUAGAGUUGAAGACGUUUCUGGAAUUUAGAAUGCUUUGCAAGGGUACAUACAUAAGAUGAGAAAUAAUGUCUUUUAUGUCUCUAGAGCUAUUCAAGUAGAGGAAAAUUCCAUUUUGGGAAAUUUAGCAAAAGACUCAAAAUACUAAAAAAAAUGCUUAAUGGUGAACUACAAAUAAAACUUUAGUAGUGAAAUCGUUCGCCAUCUGUUAAUAAUGAAAAUGUUUUCAUUAAAGUUCAAAAUAGUAAGAAUAAGUGUGAUAUCAUAUCAAAGUAAACAUUUAAGAGCAAUGUCUUAUGGAAUCUCAAAGAAGGUUUUCACAUUGUUUCAUUAACCAACAAACUUACCCCCAUUGCAAACAACAGACAAAAAUUGGAACCUGUGCCAUAGAUUCACUGAAUUCCUGGGUGAGAAAUUGAUUGUUUCUUUCCCUAGAUUAACUGAAUUAUUAUAAAACAUGGCUUUCUUUUUAAGGAUGUAGGCACUGCUCAAAUUUUUAAAAAAAAAAAGCACCACAAAACAGUCAUGUAGUAAUGAGCAGUAUGCUUAUGAGAACCAGGUUAAAAGCUGUUUGUUGUCUAAUGGAGUGGAAGUUGCUGGGGUCAACAAAUAGACUAAGGACCAGCAUAAUAUGUACCUACUCAUUAUUGUCUAAUUAUAUUCUUUUGACAAGAGACAGCAUUUAUCAGAGCAUUAAUUCCACGAGAGUUUUGGCUAUCAAGUUGUGGUGAUUUGAAACCUAAUUGAAUGAGACCUGAUUAAAGUCUGACUCUCCUGGCCCCCGUGUUUUGCAGGUUAGCUAUUUCCAUUUAUCAGUCCCAUCACUUCAUAAGGUUCUUCCUGCACCAAGUGAUUGGUGAACAAGGACAGCGACAACAAAAAGCAGCAUACAUUGUAUGGAUUUAUCGCAACGCUAAUGUUUAAUGGCUGUGUUUCAUGUGACCUGUCUGGAAAAUGAGGACUCUGAAUAAAAAGCUAUUACUAAUA